AUUACACAGAUUGACUCGCUCUUUCCAACCAAAAUCAAACUAUGUUCUUAUGCCAGGAACUUCUACAGCAUCAGCCAUUCCAAGAAGUAGAAUGAUAACAUUCCCUGAUGGAUGUACUGCAGAAGAUUAUGGGUUAACUCCUAUAAGGAGAUUAGCAGAUAUUGACUUGCUUUGUCGAUUUGAAGUUAUUCAAUACUUGGAAGCUUUAACUAUUGCUUACAACAUAAUGUCGCUGGAGAUGGUAUUGAAAAAGAUAUUAAAGAACGCAAUAGCACCAGAACUUGAAUACUAAAUUCAUAUAAAAUAGAUAGACUUAUACAUAGAAAUACAUAUUU